AUGGAGUUGAUGGUAAAAACCGAACUUGUCUCUUGUCAUGUUAAAUACACUUGGAAUCUCUGGUGUGAAGUCUACACAGGUGGGGCAGGUGCAACUCCAACAAUUCAAGCUUGGGGUGGAGAUUAUAGACAGAUUCUGGUUGAGACGGGUUCCAAACUAGCAGUUGAUCUGUUGGAUAGUCAUGUGAAGCAUCUUUAUAUACAUCGCAGGAACUAA